UAAAAACAAAACAAUGGAUUCAUCUAAACACAAAGUUGUUGAUAGUAUCAAGACACGUUUACAAGAAUUGAUUAAAUCAUUAGAUAUUCUAUAUGAUAAAUUGGAUAAAGAAUUUUCAACAUUAAUCACAAAUGAAGAUAUUGAACAGAUUAAUAUAAUAAUAACGGAAGGAUUGGAUGAUAUCCACAAUGGACGUCCACCAUUUGAUCAAAUAUCCGAUCAAUCAAGUAAUGAUGAUUAUAGUGGUGAAACAAUGGAUGAUGAAUCUGAACAAAAUGCCAACGACAAUGAUGGUGUUGUGGAUGAUGAAAACAUUCGUGAUAAAAAAGUUCAAGACAUUAUUCGUAUGGUACAAUCAUCCAUUAAUAAUAUGACACGAUGAAUUUUUUUUUUUUUUUUUGAAAAUUAAGAAAAAAAAACAAAAAUUUCAUGAGA